AUGGCAUUCCAAGCCCCACGCGGCCAUGCGAGCGGCUUUGCAGGAACCAUCGGAUGGGGCAACAGACCGGCCCUUCUGCUGGUCGACGUCUGCAAUGCUUACUGGAGUGAAGAUAGCCCGCUCGACACCCGGUCAAACCCUGCCUCUGCGGCGGUGCCCGCAUCCAUCGCAAAACUCGUCAAUGCCGCCCGCCAGGGAAAAGUACCAUUGAUAUGGACCCGCGUUGAGUACAUGGAGCCUGACAUGGCCGACGCGGGGCUGUUCGCCUGCAAGGUCCCGUUGCUGCAUGUUUUCCAGCGGGGCAAGGAGACGGGCCUCGAGAGUUGGGUUCCAGGCCUGGAGCCUGCUGCAGGGGAAAUCGUCGUGUCCAAACGCUACCCGUCCGCCUUCUUUGGAACCGACCUCUCGACACGACUCCAAGUCUCCCGUGUGGAUACUCUGGUCAUCUGCGGUGUCAGUACCAGUGGUUGUGUGCGUGCAACUACUCUGGACGCAAUGUGUCUGGGAUUCCGACCAAUGGUUGUUGGCGAGGCCUGUGGUGAUAGAUCACCUGCUGUCCACGAUGCAAAUAUCAUGGACAUGGGCGCCAAGAUGGCAGACGUGGUUUCCGAGAAAGAGGCGAUUGAGAAGCUCAAAGCUGGAUGGUUGUGA